CCUUUGAACUCCAAAACCGGCGAAAACUUCACGCAGCGCUCCUAUAUUAUUUAAGAUUCGCAACUUUCUCAGCGGAAAUCUGCGUUUCCGCAUCCUGAGAUCUUUACUCACCUCGGUAACCCAGAUAUCUUGAAGACUCGAACGGUCCCAGAAAGCCCCUCUUUCUGGGUUUUAUGUUUCUUACUAGUAGCAGUAGAGGAGAAGCGGGAAAAGUUGAAUUUGGUUUUCACAAUAAGGUUUGGGGCUUCAAUUUUAUACUUUACAGAGAGGUUUUGUACAAUCGUUUUUGGGUUUGGAAACGAUGAGGGAGAUGAAAGGAGGAGCAGAUAUGGCCGAAGCGGUUGAUGCAGAGCUGACUGGUAGGGAUGUCGAGGAAGCACAGUUACCUCACUCGGGUGAAACCCAAAAACCUGUUGAAAAUGAGCAUUCACCAUCCAUGCCAUCGGAUGAUUUGAACGCAGAAUUUCCUACAGAAUCUCAUUCAAGCGGUGAUCAAGAAGGCGAUGCCAAUGGGUCGCCUGAAAGUAGAAGCGAUGUCGAUGAGACAGGUCUGGUGCAUCAGACACAGCCCGAAGAUGCAAAACAACUUGACGACGGAUGCACAGUCGAGAAGGCGGAAGAUGAAAAUGGGGAGGAGUCUAAGAAUGGGGCGAAGGGAGAGGAAGCAAUUCCGUCUAAAGGUUUGAAGGAAACUGUAUUGAAACAAGUUACGGUGGCAGAAGAGUACCCGGUUCAGAAGGAGGGUUCCACCCAGCCAUUUCAUAUGGAGACACAGUCGUUUGACGGUGACGAUGCGGGAACAGAGGAGGAACAGGCUACAUUCAUGAAGGAACUGGAGAACUUCUUUAGGGAGAGAAGAUUGGAAUUCAAGCCUCCGAAGUUUUACGGAGAAGGAUUGAAUUGCCUCAAGUUAUGGAGAGCUGUGACUAGGUUGGGUGGCUACGACCAGGUAACAACAUGCAAGUUGUGGAGGCAAGUUGGAGAGUCCUUCAAACCACCAAAGACUUGCACUACUGUCUCCUGGUCCUUUCGAUGUUUCUAUGAGAAGGCACUUCUUGAAUAUGAAAGGCAUAAAAUGCAUGGUGAUGUGCUUCAUGGACCUGUUUCUUCCCUUGCAGAGAACAUGAAUGUUGAAAAUUCGGCAGGUGGUAACCAAGCAUCAGGGUCAGGUAGGGCACGGAGGGAUGCUGCUGCUCGUGCUAUGCAGGGAUGGCAUUCCCAGCGUCUUCUUGGUAAUGGUGAGGUUGGCGACCCAAUUAUUAAGGAUAAGAAUUAUGUUUCUAUGCCUAAGCGUGAAAAACCACUUAAAAGUGUUGGUACACAUAAGCGUAAAAAAACAUCUAACCUUGAGCAUGCUGUAAAAGCUGCACGUACGAAAGUUGUGAAGCCACAGUAAGAUCCCCUGCCCCUACAUU